AAAGCUCAGGCAGGUGAACCGAGCUGGAUUAUUUGGAGAUAAAGGAGACUAUGAGAGUAUACUGUCUGCAGAGUCUGUACCAUCACUCUCUAGCCUGGAUAACUUCACAGUAUAGGAGGGCACCAGCCAGAGACCAGGGACUGGGCGUGUUCCUGGUGUCUAGCAACAUCUGUUCUCUUAGAGACCACAAACAGAGGAUGAGGUCAGGAUGGGGUGGGGGAGAAGAUAAAACGAUUACAAAUUUACACCCAAAAUGUCCUGAACAUUUGGGUCAAAAGCAAGCCACCACAUUAAGACCUUGGAAAGGUAAAGGCACUGCCAUUUUGGAAAAUAGUAUGAAAGUCCCUCAGAAAAUUUAAUGCGGGAUCGUUGUGGGAUCCGCCAACCCUAGUUUUGAGCCUAGAAGAAGGCGACUGGAGCCAGUGUGCUAAAGAGGGAUCUCCGGCUCUGUUGGCGAUAAACAGUCGUGAUAGAGAACACUGGGAUGAUUCCUCUUCAUCGUCAACUUGACUGGACCUGAAAUCACCACGGAAACACACCUCUGAGCGUGUCAGUGAGGGCGUUUCCAGAAAGAAAUGGACUGAGGUAGAAAGGCCCAACCUGAAUGUAGGCACCACAGUCUCAUGGGCCAGGGUCCAAAGGACACGUGCCCAGAACACCAGCUCCCUGCUUCCCGAAGGCAAAUGGGACCAGCUGCCGGCUGUCCUGCCACCAUUACCCACCCCCACCUCCCACCAACACACUGGGCCACACCCUCAAAGCCUAGCUAAACACCACUCUCUCCUUAAGUGAUGUUAGUCGGGUGUCUGGGCACGGGAAUGUAGCAACGGCAAGCAUGAUUCACAACAGCCAAGAUGCAGAAUCAAUCAGACUGAUUCUUCUACGAAAAGUGAUAUUCCCGAAAAGUGGCUUAGGUACGUAAUAGAACACUAUUCAGCCUUGAGAAGAAAAACGAAAAGAUUCUGUUACUUGGAAAAAGCCGGAUACAGCUAGAGAAUUUCAUUACGUGGGAGCUGGGGGGGGGGGGUCUCAACAGCAGAGACCACAUCUUGCAUGCCUAAGGCCUCAGGCGCUGUCGCCAGCACCACGCGCAAGAGAACACGAUCUGCAGCUUGGACCUGGCCCGUUCUCUUGGCAUCUGCUGUAGUGGCAGAAAGGCUGGAACCACCCGAAGCAGCUCUCUUUGUCAGGGCUGCCGUUAGCUGGAGGAUUUCCAUGUGGCAGUGAGGCUGCUGCCCAGCAUGGAGGCUGGACUGUAAGAAAACGAGAUUGAGGGGACUCAUGCUUAGCAUGAUGUCUGCUAUGGUCACAGACCUGCUCACCUUGAAAGGAAGAAAGCGUGCCCCUUACCUUUCGAUGGAUGAGUAGAAUGUUACUUCCGUAAGAAAAGCCAUGGCUCACAGUGAGGCAGCCGUCUUUGGAAAAUGCACUUUGCCCCACACAGCCGCUCUCUCAGGCCACAGGCCCUUUGCACAUUCUGUGUCUGGUGCCUGGAACGGUCGGUCCUUCUUGUCUUCCUCUGACAGGAACUCAUCCAGUUCCGCACCUCUCAACUGAGUCAUUUCACCUGUGAAGCGUUCCCUCAACUCCAUGAUCAGCAAUAUCACAAGAGCCAGGAUCUGAAGACCUUGGGACCAGAGAAGCCAGGAGCCACCUGGACAGAGCACUUGGACUUGGGCUGGCUUCUUCUUUUUUGACCUAGACUUCCUCCUUUCUCACCCAUGUGGCUGGAACCAGUGUUCCUUGGUGGCCUCCCUUUGAGAGCUGGGGCCGGAUGGGAGUGUAGUGGCCUCCCUCCUUAGAGCUGGUAGUCUUUGCUGAAGGCUGAGCAUUCUUCAAUGGCUAGCCAAUUGAGAGGGAGCCUUGGGGACUUUGGAAAGUUGCCCACUGCUCUAACUGGGUGGGGACUUAGCUGGAGACACCCUCUGAGGGGCUGCCCCCUUCCUGAAGUCCAGCCCUUCAAAGGGAGGCUAUCAGGCUCCUGCAGCGAGGGCCUGUUGUCUUUGGAGGUCUACAGUUUAGCUCAGGGCGAGCUAGAGUUCUCUUGUUAUCAAGUGGCUGCACCUGGACAAAGUUACCAGGAAGGGAUGAGCAGGGAUGAGAACGCAGGCCUCCCAGGUGCCAGGACUUGGGUAGUCCUGGCAUUCCAUGCCCUCUGGAGAGGCGAGGAAGGGAAAGGGAGACCGCCCUAGGAAACGCCACAGUCUACAGCAAUCAAGGCUAUUAAUUUUACAUGCUCAUUCCCUGAGUCAUGAUAACCCUCCAACGCAGUUACUGCACCUUCGCUUUAUAGGCAAGGGAGGAGUCGGGUGAUUUAUGGGCGGGCCCAAGGUCACAGGUUUCCAGUCCUGCUGGUGAGGCCCCUUCUGCUGAGUGUGGGUUCUCAGUAUGAGUGAUGGGGUCUUGUUGAAGGAAAAAAAAAAAAAAAAAAAAAAACCAACCCCAAACCCUCCCAGACAGACCAUUCUGCUACUGCCCUCCACUCCCAACCAAUGGGGAAGGAGGGCUGGAGAGCCCCUUCCAGAUUUAGUAAGUUGAGUGUGGUGGUGUUGGGGGUGCCAUACCAACAGCUGGGAGGCAGAGGGAAGGGGGAUCAGGAUUCAAGGCCAGCCUUUGCUACAUAGCAGGUCUGAGGCAGCUAGGGCUUCCCCAGACCCUGACUGGAACUUGAACCAUAUACCAGGCUGUUGUCCACUAACUGCCUCGCCUGAUACCAGAGGGCCCCCAAAAAGGUCUCAAAGGCAGGUGGCAAUCUCUGCCAAGGCCCCCAGCCUGGAAGAACACUGGUAAAAAGGAAGGUGGGAGCAUGACAGGGGGAGAUGAGCUAACCAGAGGCCAAAGAGCUCACAUUUCCCCAGAAACUUCUGGGCAGAGCAGCUGUUUCCCACAGAGGGGAAAGCCACCUCCAACCUCUGCAGGAGUUUUGUUUGUUUAUUUAUUGAGACAGGAUCUCUCAUAGCCCAGGCUGGCCCCAACCUUUCGCUGUAGCUGAGGUUGUCCUUGAACUCCUGAUCCUCUGAUUGUAAAAUGUGUCACCAUGGUCUGCUUGUGUGGGGCUGGAAAUGCAACCCAGGGCCUCAUGCAUGUGGGCAAGCACUCCUCUCAGUGAUUGACAUCCCAAGCUCUGCAUGUCUCCUGACCACCAAAGGGAGUUACUACUGACCACUGUGGUAGGGGUUUUAAAUACCGGUCAGUCUCAGCAGGUGCAGAGAAGGACAGCCCACUUCCCCACCGACUCCGUCCAUCCCUGAAGUUUCCAAGGCUGGCAAGGCAGAGAAACUUCAGUGUCUAGUACACAACGAUAUUAUGGGGUGAAACAGGGAUUUGCUGGGGAGAGAACUCUGGGCACCUCAGGAAAAAGGAUAAAGGGAGGCGCAAAUGCCUUUGAAAGAAUAGAUUUCUCUUUUUGUUGAGAUCCUCUUUAUUUAUUUUUAUUUUAAAAAUGUGUUUGCUGUGUAUGAGUGUUUUGGAAACAUUUGUUUGUGUGCCAUGCUUGUGCCCAGUGCCUGCAGAGGCCAGAAGAGGGCAUCAGCUCUACCGAAACUGAAGUUACAGACAACUGAGAGCCAUCACCUGGGUGCUGGACACUAAUCCUGGGUCGUCAGCAAGAGCAGCCCAUGCUCUUAAUCAUUGAGCCAUCUCUCCAGUAUCAGAAAAAUCCUGAGGACGAUUCUGUUGUUGACUUGACCGGGUUCCAGGAACAAAGCAGGGCUCGGCUCAGGGCCAGGAAACUGGAGUUCAACUCCUGGCCUGGCCACUCAGCGGCUGCACGACACCUGGGUCUCUUGGAACCUGUUUCCUUACUGGUAAAAUGGAAUGAGUGUGUUUGUUCUCUGCCUCUGUUGGCCUUGUGGGAGGACAAGCCCCUUCUAGGACAGCCCAUUCUUGCCUUUGGGAAGCGUGGGUACAGUGGUACUGGGGAAAUUCAUCACAUAUUUGUUACUUUGUUUCUUUUGUUACAUUGUGUUGAGCAUCCUAGUAGGCUUUGCCCCGUGACUGACCCUAUCAUUUACUUUUAAAUUAAAAGAGUAAAUUGAGUAUUUUGUCAUGUAUGUGCCAUGUGUGUGUGUGUGUGUGUGUGUGUGUGUGUGUGCAAUUAGAAACACUCAGUCUCUGGCUCUCUGGGAACCUUUAAGGAAUAACGAUUAAUGCUUUCUCGCCUGCUCAGGGUAUUUACAGUGUGCCCUCAGGCUAUGAAGAAGCCGAGUUUGCUCAAGAUGACAGCCAACUGCAAGCUCUGUCAUUGCUGAAUCCUGUGCUGCAGGCUGCUGUCUGUACUGAGAUCCAAAGUCACUCCGGACCGGGAACUCAUUUCACUCUCUCCUCUCCCCCAGCCAGAAGGAUGUUUCAUUAGGAAACAUGAUCCACCCCCCUCCCCAAUGAACAGAGAUAACCGAGAUUUUACAGUAGAGAAAGGUGUUGAUUUUGAUCCACACUCCAGCGAUUAAAUCAACACGAUUUUAUCCUUCCUCUGAACACACGGGCUCGACGGUGCAUGAAUUCCUACGGGGCUCAAGCCCCGGACCUUCCCAGUCUGAGUCUAGGAGUCUCUUUUGAUCCAGAACCUCUUCCAUCCCAUGAUGCUCUUGGCCAAAGGCAGGUGUGUCAGCUCACACCUAGAUAAAUUACAAGGAAACAAUAGCAUUGUCUUCUGAAAUUUCACCUGCUCUGUCCCUUGAACACGUGUAAACCACCUUAUGAGAUUGCUCAACGCUGCCUGACGGUGUGUCUGACUCAAUUUAAAGUGCCCACAUUUUUUUUUUUGUGGUAGUUGCUUUGGUUUGCAAGACACUUUUUAAAAAAAAAAAUAUUUAUUUAUUUAUUUAUUAUGUAUACAAUAUUCUGUCUGCGUGUAUGUCUGCAGGCCCGAAGAGGGCACCAGAUCUCAUUACAGAUGGUUGUGAGCCACCAUGUGGUUGCUGGGACUUGAACUCAGGACCUUUGGAAGAGCAGGCAAUGCUCUUAACCACUGAGCCAUCUCUCCAGCCCUGCAAGACACUUUUAAACAUGGCACUGGGUCAGAGCGGGCAAAGAUGCUCAGUGAUACGAGAUGGGAUCAUUGAAGCAUUCAUUUACUUGUUUAUUUAAAGAGGAAAGAAAGGAAAAGGAAACGCAUGGGAGAUGGGUAUGAUGGCUUCAUCUGGAAAGCUUUGCCAUCCGAACACGAGGACCUGAGUCUGGGUUCCCAGCACCUGCAUAAACAUUGGGGUAUAGUGAUGCAUGCUGGUUAUCCCAGUGCAGGGGAAGUAGAGGAACAGGAAUCCCUAGAGUUUAUUCAAAAGCCAGCCCAGCCUAGCCAGCAAGCUAUACAUCAAUGAGAGACCCUGUCUCAAAAACAAACAAACAAACAAACAAACAAACAAAAAAAAACAAGGUGGAUGGAGCCUGAGGAAUGACCCUUAAGGUUGACCUUUGGCUCCCACAUACACAUCCCUGCACUGACACAAACACACACCCAACUCAUACAAAGAAAAUGGAAAGAAAACAUUGGCAUUUUCACAUGUUAAAGACACAAGCGAUUAUUCAUUCUGAAGCCAUCCGCAAGAUCAACUUACAUGGAACUUUUUCACCUUUUCCCCAUCUUUUUUUUUUUGCUGCUCAGAAACAUUUAGACCUACCCUAUGGCAAUGACUGCAAGGAAGGCUCUGCCCUGUAUACUAGGCAAGCACAAAAGCAGCCUGGCUCCUGUAGCCUGGCAUUAGGGUAAGUAUAUCUUAAGGAAGCUCUUAUGCAGACUUGGCUCCGGGCGAUGAAACGUCACGGCCGUGUAACUGUAGCAAGUGAGAUUUCUAGGGAGCAAAUUAGUGAACAAACGUCUGCUAGCGAUGGCAAGAAAGGAAUCAUACGCCACCCCAAAAUAAAGCAAGUUGUGCAGUAAGUAUUUCAUUUAUUGGCCUUCUUCUAAUGCUAUUAGGGUUAAAAGGCAUCCUGUUGAUAAAAGGGGUCUCUUUAGAGAGGACCGAUGUCUUCUGGCAGCUGCUCUCGUCACAGAUACCUAUAGCAGGCAUGAUCAGUUUACAAGUGUGGGGGACACAGUAUUUAACAAGUGUAUAUAUACACUUCCCACUGGUCUCUGGGACAUGGGGCACCAUUGUCCCUUUAUUACCUGGAUGGACAUCAAUUGCUCUGGAAGUUGGUAGAACUCAGGGGAGAGCAUGGGCAACUCACAGGAGUUGGUUUUCUCAAUUUACCAUGUAGGCUCUGGAAUCUGAACUUGGGUUGUCAGGCUUGGCUAAUCUAGUCUAUCAUCUAUGUCUGUCUGUCUGUAUGCAUGUAUGUAUGUAGCUGUCUAUCUAUCUAAUCUUAGGUAAGGUUUCCUGUAUCUCUCACACUGAUUUAAACUCUGGAAUCUGAACUCAGGUUGUCAGGCUUGGCUAAUCUAGUCUAUCAUCUAUGUCUGCCUGUAUGCACGUAUGCAUGUAUGUAUGUAUCUGUCUAUCUAAUCGUAGGUAAGGCCACUGAUUUAAACUCACUAUUUAGCAGAAGAUGACCUUGAACUUCUGACCUGCCUUCUCCUUCCUGAUGUUAGGGUUACAGGCAGGUGUCACCACUCCUCGCUGAUGCAGCGCUGGGAGUUGAACCCAGGUCUCUUGCACGCUAGGCAAGCACUCUACCAACUGAGCUACACCCCAGCCCAGAUGUCUGCUCCUAUGUUGGCUAAGGGAGGAGCCUUCCUUUCCUGAACUUCCAGAUGAAUGCUCAUCACCCACAUGGGACAAAAGCAAACAAAAAGAUCUCUCAGUGGAAUCAGGACUUUGGCUUCUAAACAACCCCUCCCCCGCUCACCUUUAUAGCUUCCUUGUACUUCUAAAUGCUUUUUUUUUUCUUCCCUCAGUCAGCACACUCCCUGCCAAGAUAAGCCCAACACAGUGGGUGACAGAUCACCCAUCUUACAGCUAGAUCUGCAAGGGGAAAUCGAACAAGAACAGAAACACACACAUAUAUAUGCGCGCACAAACACACACACAAAUACACAUGCAUUCACACACAUGCGGUCUCAUGCAUGCAUAGGCUGAUGUCAAAGGUCCUUGAAUAGAGUCUUGUCUAGUGAUUGGAGGAGCUGAGGGUUGCCUUCAUCUUGAAACCCCUGCUUCUAGAUGAUACAAGCCAACCACCCUGGUAACCCCAGUAUCACAAAGCCAGCAUCUUACUAUGGCUUCUCUUUGCUGGGGUGCUGAGAAAAUUUUGGUAAUGGCUGUAGUCUGGGAGAAAAUGAUAGACUCAUGGGCUCUUUUGAACAUAAAAAAUGUAACAGAAAAUAUCUAUACCUCAUCCCCAAGGUGAUGCAGGACAAAGAGGCCACAGGUGACAUGGCUUGGCUUAAGGUCAAUCUAUUAUUCCAGUGCUCACUCCCUUCCUCCCCCCAGUGCCCAGAGGAUGACUGGUGUAAACAACAGCCACCAUCUCACUCCCAUGGUUAGAAAUCACACCCUACUCUCCUUGGCAACCUGGUCUUUUAAGGCGUAUUUAUUUAUGUAACACACUUCAUAAGUGAGGCUCUUCAUACACAAACCUAGCUCUUAUGUCACUGUAGACCAGGCUUCUGCCUCCUGAGCGCUAGGUUUGCAGACUUGAGUCUCGUAGGGCUAGUUCAGUACUCAGGUUUUAAGGCAAUAUACAGAUUAAAAAUUUUAAAACCACAAAGAGAGAGCCAAUGAAAGGAAGGCCUAGGCAAGACCAAGAAGAUAGACAUGGAGUAAAGAGGACAAAGGGUGGAUGUGGGACAGCCUGGCACUUGGGGACCUGGGCUGGCCCAGGAAGAGGCACCAAAUGCUAAGAACAUCUUCAUCCAUUCUGCCUACUCCCACAUGCAAGGACCAGGAUGUCCAAACGCCAUGCAAGGCUCAAGCGACCAUUAGAACCAGUUUGAUGUCCCUCUUGCAUUUUUGUUAUCUUUGCCAUUUGGUCAGAAUUCGGUCAUUUAAGCCAAGAAUCAUCAGGGCUUAGAGAGAUGGUGCUUCAGUGCUUGGACAUGAACUAGCUGGAGUCUAAAGAGUCCUUGUCAAAUCUAUAAACUACAGGUCCACGUGAUGGGCCAACCUGGCUUUUCCUUUUUGAGUAUUGUUUUACCUUGCUGCCGGCCAGUGCCAAGCCUUGCCCUGAUCCCCCCCCCCCACUGCCACCUUUCUGUGAACCACUAUAAGCAGCCACAGGGACUGGAGGUCAAUCAAGACCUUGAGGCUUUCUCUCCCCCAAGUCUUUUUAUAGCACCAUGCAAUGAGAUUAAAUGUGGCACAAGACUUGUUAUGGAAUAACUUUUAAUUGCUUAAUUAAGUUGGAGAUUGAAGGGACGAUUCAAAGGUUUCCUAUGAUUGAGAAAAAUAAGGCUGUGCCAAACUAGAUGAUGGUAUUGGUCACUGGAGAAAGUCCUUAGUGUUGACGCAUGACAAAAAUGCAGUAUGUUAAAAACAAUGACACUUUAACAACUUCAAGUAUAUUCAUAAGCUUUUAUUGUACAAUCAACCCCCUAAGGAACACAGAAGACCUCCUGAAUCAACCUGAUUCAGACCAGGGUUAGAUUAAAAUCCAAAAAGAACCCAUCCUACAGGACAGACUUGUUCAUUAAACGCAGACUCACUGUAGAAGUGUCCCAUUUAUGUCAACAAGCUCCAAAUAGACUUGGCAUAGUCUAUACGGUUCACGUUGUAUACAGUUAGCAAGUGGGGAAAGCUGCAGCUGUAUUGGCUGGAUGUGGACUCUAAAGGUAUCCAGAGGAAAGACCCAGAAAGGGCAUCAGCCAUCUGUACAUGGACUCAAGACAGGGCUGCGCUUCAUGCUUAGCGUCUGUACUUGGUGUCUUGAAAUAUUCCCCUUUCUGUCUCCACUCUCCUGUUAGACUGCGCCCGCGUCUGUCUUAUUUAGUUAGAAGUCUGAAGGUUAGUCCUACCUGCUGAGACUAAUUAGCCUCCACUCUUCGUCCCACGCAAUCCGCCCAAUGAAACGUACACAUUUGUCUUGUUUUAUUAUUUUUUUUCCGGGUUCUUUCUCCCUCCACUUCUGGUUUUGUGAUGAAUAUGGAGGUUGGGAGCUGGUGGGAUAGUGAUCUCACUGUCUGCCUCCCCCAUCCCAUCCUUAUUUUGCCUGCAUCUUCCGCUUUAGUGUGCUAAUGUGCCUGGGAUUUUUUUUCUUUUCGGUGCAGGGGAAUUCGCCGGCCUUGUCAAUCUCAGUAUCAUUAUUUUCAGGUGUCUUCUUUCUGAGGCCUGAGCCUGUAGAACAGUUUUGUUGAAACCCCAAACUCUCUAAAUAUUACACGGCAAAUUGGUUACUUUUGGAAAUCUACAACAUAUGCGCUUUUUAAAGGGGGGGGAGGGUGGGCUAAUUUAAUGCUUUGUGGACCCCGGAGUAACAUCACACCUAAUAGUAAAUUGACAAUUCCUAUUCUUUCUUUCUUUGGGGGUGGGUUGGAUGGGGGCGUCUCUUUCACCUUGGAAUUCCCAGUUCUCUUCUCACUGUAUACUUACAAGGAAAAGGACCUUCUCACUCUACCAUCCAGGAACACUGUUUGGGAAUCCGCCUUUCUCCUUUAACAUCACUUUCUUCCCCAUUUCAUAGCAAAUCAGUUUGCCCUCCCCAAGCCUAAUAAAAAACAGAUACCUGUCUCAGAAUUCUGACCCCCCCCCCCCAAGGGCUUCUAGGCCAGCUCUGGUGACUGUCUCAGCUCCUGGGCAUUUCCUCUCGGACCCCCUUGGAGAAAAACUGCAGUCCCACUCAUCCCAGGGCUUGGUGAACUUUCACUUUUAUUUUCCCUGGCGCUGUUAACGCCCAAACUUUUCACCUCCAAAGUCAGAACGGACUUUGGAUCCUACAUCACUUCCUACUUCCAACGUCAGUUUAAAAAAAAAAAAAAAGAAGAAAACCCAAAACCAACAACUUUACAUUUCCCUUAAGGAUAUUUUUAGUACCCCAGACAAACUUUAAGUAUUUGUUUUUUUGGAUAAAACGCCUUCUUGGCAUAUUUAGCCGAAUGGGUCUUUACAUUUAAUGACGUGACUCACUGUCAUUAAAGAAAAAGGGAGGGGAGCCCUUGUGGGUUAGCCUCCUUGAAUGUUCGUGGCCCAGCCCCUCAGCGUCCCCAGGUUUUCUCAGAGCAGAGGGGUGAGCUUUUUGGACCAGUUGUGUCUUAUCCCGCCCCAGGGCGUCCGACUUCUCUGCGGGAUUAACCAUUGAGCACCCUGUCCCCACGUCCUACAGUCCUCCCCUAUUGGUCCCCAUCCUCGAGACUUCUGGCUAAUACUUUUUCUGGGCCUCUCCCCAUCCCCGCCCCCCAAGUGGGCUUUCCUUCCGCCUUCCCCGGCUCAGAUUCCGGACUCGGUUGCCACCCCCUUCCCCUCCUCUCCCGGUCCGCAUUGUCUUUCGGAACCCGCCCCCUCCAGGAGCGGGGCCCGCACCGUCUGGGCGCCCAGCUCGCGCAGGGCGCACAGGCCGCACCCCGCUCGCCUCCCGCGGCCCGGCCCGCCCCUCUCGCUCUCCCGGCGCCCAAAGGAUCAUUGUUGGCCGCCCCCGCCCCGCCCACCCCGGCUGUUUAUUUAUGCACACGUCACCGGGCUCGCCCCGCCCCCUGGCAUCUCAUUAAGGCGAGUGUGUUCCUCUCGCCCUGUCAAUAAUCUCCGCUCCCAGACUACUCCGUUCCUCCGGAUUUCGAUCCCCCUUUUUCUAUCUGUCAAUCAGCGCCGCCUUUGAACUGAAAAGCUCAGUCUAACUUCAACUCACUCAAAUCCGAGCGGCACGAGCUCCUUCGGUGUCUUCGGCUUCCCCCCCCUUUGCUCUUAUAUCUGACUUGUUGUUGUUGUUUUUUUUUUAACCCCCGUUUUUUAUUUAUUAUUUUUUUGCACAUUGAUCGGAUCCUUGGGAACGAGAGAAAAAAGAAAUCCAAACUCACGCGUGCAGAAGAUCUCCCCCUUCCCCUCCCCUCCUCCCUCUUUUCCCCUCCCCAGGAGAGAAAGACCCCAAAGAAGGAAAAAAAAGUUAACCUUGGACUCGUCUUUUUCUUGCAAUAUUUUUUGGGGGGCUCGCAAAACUUUUUUUUUUUUUUGCUUUUCUUCCUCCUUCAUUUUUCUUCCAAAAUUGCUGCUGGUGGGUGAAAAAAAAUGCCGCAGCUGAACGGCGGUGGAGGAGAUGACCUAGGCGCUAACGACGAACUGAUCUCCUUCAAAGACGAGGGCGAGCAGGAGGAGAAGAACUCGGAAAACUCCUCGGCGGAGAGGGAUUUAGCCGAUGUCAAGUCGUCGCUGGUCAAUGAAUCAGAGACGAAUCAAAACAGCUCCUCCGAUUCCGAGGCGGAAAGACGGCCUCCGCCUCGCUCCGAAAGUUUCCGAGAUAAAUCCCGGGAAAGUUUGGAAGAAGCGGCCAAGAGGCAAGAUGGAGGGCUCUUUAAGGGGCCACCGUAUCCCGGCUACCCCUUCAUCAUGAUCCCCGACCUGACGAGCCCCUACCUCCCCAACGGAUCGCUCUCGCCCACCGCCCGAACCCUCCAUUUUCAAUCCGGCAGCAAUCAUUACUCUGCGUACAAAACGAUUGAACACCAGAUUGCAAUUCAGUAUCUGCAGAUGAAAUGGCCGCUGCUCGAUGUCCAAGCAGGAAGCCUCCAGAGCAGACAAGCCCUCAAGGAUGCACGCUCCCCCUCGCCCGCACACAUCGUGCAGAGCCCCCUCCCUUGCUGCACUCAGGGACAUGCCUGUGAGCACUUCUACCCCCCCUCAGACUUCACUGUCAGCACGCAAGUCUUCAGGGACAUGAAAAGCAGCCACUCCUUACAAAAGGUUGGGGAGCCCUGGUGUCUGGAGUCGAACAAAGUUCCGGUGGUGCAGCACCCCCACCAUGUCCACCCACUCACGCCUCUCAUCACCUACAGCAACGAACACUUCACCCCGGGAAAUCCACCUCCACACUUACCUGCUGAUGUAGACCCCAAGACAGGAAUCCCACGGCCUCCGCACCCUCCAGAUAUCUCUCCAUAUUACCCGCUGUCGCCCGGCACCGUAGGACAAAUCCCCCAUCCGCUAGGAUGGUUAGUACCACAGCAAGGUCAGCCUGUGUACCCAAUCACGACAGGAGGGUUCAGACACCCCUACCCCACAGCGCUGACAGUCAACGCUUCUAUGUCUAGCUUUCUGUCUUCUAGGUUCCCUCCCCACAUGGUCCCUCCCCAUCAUACUCUCCACACGACCGGCAUCCCCCAUCCAGCCAUCGUCACCCCAACAGUCAAGCAGGAAUCCUCACAGAGUGACGUCGGCUCACUCCAUAGCUCAAAACAUCAGGACUCCAAAAAGGAAGAAGAAAAGAAAAAGCCCCACAUAAAGAAGCCCCUCAAUGCGUUCAUGUUGUAUAUGAAGGAAAUGAGAGCGAAGGUGGUGGCCGAGUGCACACUGAAGGAAAGUGCAGCCAUUAACCAGAUCCUCGGGCGCAGGUGGCAUGCCCUGUCCAGGGAAGAGCAAGCAAAGUACUACGAGCUGGCCCGGAAGGAACGACAGCUUCACAUGCAGCUGUACCCUGGCUGGUCUGCGCGGGAUAACUAUGGGAAGAAGAAGAAGAGGAAAAGGGACAAGCAGCCGGGUGAGACCAAUGAACACAGCGAAUGUUUCCUAAAUCCUUGCCUUUCACUUCCUCCGAUCACAGAUGCAAAUACUCCAAAGAAGUGUCGGGCACUGUUCGGGCUUGACCGACAGACUUUAUGGUGCAAACCCUGCAGGAGAAAAAAAAAGUGCGUUCGCUACAUACAAGGUGAAGGCAGCUGCGUCAGCCCACCCUCUUCAGAUGGAAGCUUACUAGACUCGCCUCCCCCAUCCCCGCAUCUGCUAGGCUCCCCUCCCCAAGACGCCAAGUCACAGACUGAGCAGACACAGCCACUCUCGCUGUCCCUGAAGCCUGACCCUCUGGCCCACCUGUCCAUGAUGCCACCGCCACCUGCGCUCCUGCUGGCUGAAGCUGCCCACGGCAAGGCCUCCACCCUCUGUCCCAACGGAGCCCUGGACCUGCCACCUGCUGCCCUGCAGCCACCCAUGGUCCCCUCUUCAUCGCUCACACAGCCGUCAACAUCUUCCUUACAUUCCCACAACUCUCUGGCUGGGACCCAGCCCCAGCCUCUGUCUCUGGUGACCAAGUCUUUAGAAUAGCUACACCUCGUCCACCGUCCCCUGCUUGAUUGACGUGUGUCCUCCUGGUUCUUGGUUUGCCCUUCCCCAUCUUGGAAAGCUUUUGUUUUGUACUCUUAAUUUUGUGCCUCUGUGGCUUACAUGAGUUGAUGUUUAUCGAGUUCAUUGGUCAAUAUUUGACCCAUUCUUAUUUCAAUUUCUCCUUUUAAAUAUGUAGAUGAGAGAAACCUCAUGAUUCUACCAAAAUUUUUAUCAACAGCUGUUUAAAGUCUUUGUAGCGUUUAAAAUAUAUAUAUAUAUACAUAACUGUUAUGUAGUUUGGAUAGCUUAGUUUGAAAAGACUGAUUAAAAAGCAAAAAGAAGAAAAAAAAAAGAGAGAAGCCGUUUCGAAGCACCCUCCAGAAGGAGUUGGUUCUGUAUUAUUUGUAUUAAAUACGAGCUUGCGAACCAAUCACUUUACAUCGCGGUUUUGAAACCAUGAGGGCACAAUGAAUGCAGUGCCGUCUCUUUCCUUUUCUUUCUUUCUUUCUUUCUUUCUUUCUUUCUUUCUUUCUUUCUUUCUUUCUUUCUUUUUCCUGUGUGAAACAACUUUUAUUGUGAUGUUACUUGUUAUUGUUUAAAUGUACAGAAACAAAGGGUUAAAAUGUGUUAAUAUACCUUGUUCCAUGGUGUUGUUCUUUUGGGGGGAGGGGGACGCUACUCAACAAUGAAUGGAAUCAGAGCUGUUGGACCAGUAGUAUUUAUUGCUUUAGAGAUUGCUUGUACCUGUACGUCCGUCCCUUUAAAAUAUGUUUUACUUUUUUUUGAAACUGUAUAAAGUCCACCCCCCCCCUUAGCAUAAGCAUCUUAUAUAUAACAACUCAUUUGUACAAGGUUUUUAAGUUUAUAUAUAAAAUGUGUAUAUAUUUUUUUGUUUUCUUUUUUUGACUUUUGUCUGUUUUUGUUUGUUUCUGUAUGAAACCCAGAUGCCACCAAAUGGACAUUGAUAGUUGCAUUAAAGAUCAGUAGCAUUAACAAAAGUUGCUUUAAAAGCCAUUAUGUGAAACAAGACUUGAACAUUAGUGAGAGAAUCUUAGCAGCUGUCUGAGCAGCCAUGGGAACCACCCUGUUUCCCCCCCUCCCCCCCCCACCUCCUAGUCAAUUGCCCUGUGCUCUUAGAACAUGGACUGACCGCGUGCAAAACUUUUAUGUGCCAAAACUCUCAGUGACUUUAGCUCUCUCCCUCUUCUCUGAUGCUGUACUUUCCGUUCGCCAUGUUUUGCUGUGAUGUUACAUAGAUAGAUUUGUAUGUAGUUUUAAUGUCACCUAUAACAAAAUGUGUUUGGUAGCAGACUGUCCAGAAAGCAUUUUAAAUGAAGAGGUCUAAACCCUUAAGGGCCAAAAAUUCUGUAUAUUAGAUUACUCUUAAAUGAAAAAAAAAGAAAAAAGAAAAAAAAAACCAGCUGCCGCUUUUAUGUACGCAUAUUACAUACAAGUAGGUGGUGAACUUAACACAGGAGACCCUAGGCAUGCUGAUGUUGUAAAAUCCUGUAUAAAGCCGAGACCUGUUCCUCCAGUGCCAUCGUAGUUGACAUGAAGCGAUUGUAAAACUGUCUCCGGUUUUCUCUGGUUUAUUAAAAUGCUAACUAUAACAUUUUUUGUGAAUACUUUGAAUGUUUCCUAACAGUUGUGAUGUUAUUGUUCUGUUUUAUGCUUAUCCCGAGUUCAUUUUGAAUGGUUUGGAAGCCGUUUUUGUAAUGAAUAAAUGUCCAUGCUGUACAGUAUGUAGCAUGCUGUUCUGGGUUAAUAAAAGCAACUUAGUAUGUGCAGAGGAA